AUGCUGGAAUCGAUAUACAACAUCGACUUCUGGAAGACAUACAUCCUCAAGCCCAAUUUCUCAACGGACGACAUUCCCGACCUCACCUCAAAGGUCGCCAUCGUCACCGGAGGAAACGCAGGACUCGGUUACGAGACAUCCCUCGCCCUCGCCGCAAAGGGCGCUCAUGUCUUCCUCGCCUGCAGGAACAAGACAAAGGCCCUCGACGCAAUCGAACGGCUCGAGCGGGAGCUUUCCGAGACCGCACCCCAUCUCUACCCCAAACUCGACUUUCUCUACCUCGACCUUGCCGACCUCCGGUCCGUCGCAAAGACGGCGCAAAGGUUCCUCUCCAAGGGCCUCUCGCUCAAUAUCCUGGUCAACAAUGCCGGCCUCGGACUGGUACCGCCUACUCUCAGCAAGGACGGUGUCGAGCUCGUUUUUGCCGUCAAUCAUUUGGGACACUUCCUGCUAACACAACUCUUGUUGCCAAAACUGAUCGAGUCGCAACCGUCAAGGAUCAUCAACGUCAGUUCAAUGGCUCACGAGUUCGAAGUACCCCUGGGAGGCAUUCAAUUCGGGACGCUGAGCCAAGCAGACGGAGAGUCACCACUUGUAAACUACAACCGAUCCAAACUCGCCAAUAUCCUCUACACCAAGGCGCUUGCACGCCGGCUAACGAAUGCAGGACACGACAGAGUCUUUGUGAAUGCGGUUUAUCCAGGAUAUUGUCUGACAGGAAUCGACGGUGAUUUGUCCCUUACUCAGGGGAUGGUUAUCUCCAAACUGCUCACACUGACAAGAGCAUGGGCUGGACGCACUGCUGCCGACGGCGCGCUCAGUCAGCUCUACUGCUCUACGAGCCCAGAGAUUGAAGAGAAGAGGCUAUCAGGCCGUUACUUUAUCCCCGAUGCACAUGAACUCCGUCCAAGUCCAUACGCAAUGAACAAGGAAUUACAGGAACGACUAUACAAGUACUCGGAGGACUUUGUAGUCAAGCGAGGGCUGCUUACAACAUAG